CCAGUUUGCGCAGCUUUUUAUUUUUUAGCAGAAUGUAUCAUGUUUUUUUAAUUUCAUUUAAGCACUCUUGAAAUUGGGAAUUAACAUGUCUUCUUUAAUGGCGAUUUAAAUUAAUAAUUUAUGGUUGAUCGCCACCUGGUGUGCACAAACUGGUCAUGUUUGCAAUCUGCAAAGUAAUCGUGCUUCUAGCUGAACGGUCUAAUCAAACAUUAACAUUGUUUCUUCCAAUUGUAAUCUUCGCUGAUAUGUUGUAGUUUAAAUAUUGCUUUUGAACAAAACAACCUGGAUUUCUCGUCAUCUCCCUCUAGCCAUGACAGUAGUGAUUGGGUUUGAGGGCAGUGCUAACAAGAUUGGUGUGGGCAUUAUUAGGGAUGGGGAAGUACUCUCAAACCCCAGACGUACCUACAUCACACCCCCUGGUCAAGGUUUCCUGCCUAGCGAUACAGCCAGACAUCAUCGUGGCGUUAUCCUCACAGUUCUUAAAGAGGCACUGGAAGAGGCCGGAAUAAAGCCUGACGAUAUUGAUUGCGUGGCGUACACAAAGGGUCCAGGGAUGGGUGCCCCCUUGGUGACGGUGGCGCUGGUGGCACGCACAGUGGCCCAGCUCUGGGCGAAGCCACUGCUGGGUGUUAACCACUGCAUCGGCCACAUUGAGAUGGGCCGUCUCAUCACCCAGGCCAACAACCCAACUGUGCUCUACGUCAGUGGAGGUAAUACACAGGUGAUUGCGUACUCUGAGCGGCGCUACAGGAUAUUUGGUGAGACCAUUGACAUUGCAGUAGGCAACUGCCUGGACAGGUUUGCCAGGGUGAUUAAGAUUUCCAAUGAUCCCAGUCCCGGAUACAACAUUGAGCAGAUGGCCAAGAGAGGGAAACAGUACGUGGAGCUCCCAUACACUGUGAAGGGGAUGGAUGUGUCUUUCUCAGGGAUUUUAUCCUAUAUCGAGGAAGCAGCCAGCAAGAUGCUGACCUCUGACCAAUGUACGGCGGAAGACCUGUGCUUCUCCCUACAGGAGACGCUGUUUUCCAUGCUGGUGGAGAUCACAGAGAGGGCCAUGGCCCACUGCGGCUCCCAGGAAGUGCUCAUCGUCGGAGGCGUAGGCUGUAAUAUCCGUCUGCAGGAGAUGAUGGGGGUCAUGUGCAAGGAAAGAGGUGCCAAGCUCUUCGCCACCGAUGAAAGGUUUUGCAUUGAUAACGGAGCAAUGAUUGCACAGGCUGGCUGGGAGAUGUUCCGAUCUGGUCAGGUGACUGAGCUGUCAGAUUCAUGGAUCACCCAAAGGUACAGAACAGAUGAAGUGGAGGUGACUUGGAGAGAUUGACAGCUCACCAGGUGACACACUGCCACCCCUCUGACUGGACCGUGAUGUGGCGAAGGGAAAUGCACAAAGCGCAACCUUCACUGUUCAGAACCUGUCGACUGUUAGCAUACAUAGAUAAAGUAUUUAUAUCCAAACCUUUGGAUUGCAACAGUGUGUGUCAGUUGGAAAUUACUACGUUUUACUCUUACACCCAUGUGGUAAAUAAAGGACUCCACGAUUGUAUAAAGUUUUGUUACAAAA